AGCAAACUUAUACGUACCAAUAAAAGUGGCAGUGCAGAUAGAAUAGCAGUCCAGGUGCCCAGGUGCAGAGAGAUAUAAAGGCAAUGCAAAAUUGGGCUCAUAAAUAUAAUGACAUUAUAGUGAAAAUAAAUGGAGGUAUGCACGUAUAAAAUUUGAAUGAUUUGUUUUUUCUUACUUCAUUUUGCAGGGCAAACUCUAACAAUCCGUAUGGGAUAUUCCAGCUCAAAUAAUUGUGAAACCUAGCAAAGUGGUUUGAUUUUAAUUUAAUUUAAAGUGGUUGUUUAAUGUUUGGUAUAGAAAAUGAGCUGGAGGAAGAUCUGAUGGAUAGAAGAUUUAAUAGAUGAAAUAUCUGUUGGGAGAAUAUCUGAUAUAUAGGAGAAGAGCUGAAGUUCUCAUAGAAAGCUUCUAUCAUAACGUAGAAGGUAUUCCAUUCUUUAUGGAGUGAAUACGUAUGUGUUAUUAAUUUAUUACCGUUUGAUUGUAAGAGGUUAGGAGUGGAUAUUUGCUUGAGGCCGUGCAUUGUUCAUUAAUCUGCAAAUAAACAAAAUGAUUUCUCUGUGCCUGCGCUACGUCACACUUUAUUCCGUGUUGUGCGUCACGCUUACGUCAGGCGUUAGUGACGCAGCGACGGUGGCGUUGGUCAGCCCAGGACAACGUCUAAUCUUCGCGUUCGACGGCGCCCAUCACCCCACAACGUUUGGCAGGCACCACCACGACGUUAACCACAUCGCACGACGUUCAGGUCCCGCAGCAACAGUACAGUGGGCCCCACGCCCCAGGUUCGUGCCCCACAGCCCCACUCCUCUGCACGCAGGAACAUUCUUCUCGUCGCGGUCCGGAGCGCCGUACGAAGAAGUUGCUACUUCGUCCGGCGCACCGUACGACCCUACCGGACACGGAGACCCGGCUUUCUCUUACUGGAACUGAUUAUUUUUUCAAAGUUGUUCCUAAGCCAUGAAGAUAAACAUUCGCAGUUUACUUCAAAUAUUGCUAGUCUUCUGUCACGCUUCCUCACCCUUGAACCCAAUCAGUCUCGAAUUACCCUUUUGGUAUUUUCGGCAACAACCAGGUUCCUGUAAACAAACAUCCUGGUGAUUUGUGAGAUAGUCACUAUUCCUUCACCGUUCAUGCCAAGGACAUAACCAUUGCGGUGGCUGGCAUCUUGCGCCAGCCGCCUCGGACUGUAAACAUUGGCGGCCUUCUUCAAAGAGGGCAUAAUGUCCACUUACAGCAUAAUCAAGCAUCCAAUUCGUAAUAAACUAACGUAUCUUUAA